AUGAUUGGAAAACGGAAGAGAGACAAGGCCGUUGUGUCGAGGGUUACGGAUUCAGACGACGAAGAGACGCCGCAAACGACUACGGGGUCCUCCCAAGACAUUUUUCGCAAAUUCUUCGAAGCUCAAUUUCAACCGCUGGACGUACCUGGAGGUCAGGUCGCUCGCAACGAUGAUUCAGAGGAAGAAAGCGACGAGGAAGGGUCAAAGCAUUCCGACGCAGAAUCGAAUUGGGACGGUUUGAGCGGCGACGAAGAAGAACCAGAAGAGGUGCAGGUAGUUGAGCAUCGGGAUAUAAAAUCCCAGGAUCUGAUGGACAAGAAGGCGCGCAAAGCGUUCAUGACCGCUAAACCGCCGUCCUUUGCCGUCGAGAAAAUCACGGCCAAAGCUCCGAAGAAAGACACCGAAGAUGACAAUGAUGACAAGGAAAUCGACGCGGACCAUCUGAAAAAUGACCUGGCCUUGCAACGCCUUCUCAAGGAAUCUCACCUUCUUGAGUCAGCGUCCGACCUUGCCCCGACUGGCAAGAAUCGCAUCAAGGCUCUCGACCUGCGGAUGCAGGAACUAGGAUCUAAAGAGUCCCUAUACAAGCAGAUGAUGCCAUCCUCACACCGAAGAGGCAUAAAAGCCAAGGCGGAAAUGAAGGAGAACAAGCGUCGGAAGGAAGCCAGAGAGAACGGAAUUAUUCUUGAGAAACCGGCGCCCAAGUCGGAUACCACCAGCUCCAAACGACGAGAACGUGGUGUUGGGGGCCCCUCUGUUGGAAAGUUCGCUGGCGGAACCCUGAACCUGAGCAAACGUGACGUAGCCACCAUUCAAGGAUCAGGUCGGUCAAGCGGAGGUAGAGGCGGAGGUAGAGGCAGAGGUAGAGGCAGAGGCAGAGGCAGAGGCAGAGGACGUCGCUAG